GAAAACUUAACACAUAAGCUAAAUUAAGAAGAGAGGAAAGAAAAAGCGUAGGAGUAGGGUAAUUGAAAUUUCAUUCAUAGUGAAAGAAAGAAAGAAAGUGAUUCUGGUUGGUUUGUUACGUGAGAGUUUCGUUUGAAUCAAAAAUGUCCCACAGCGACACCAUACCCCUUCACGCAUCAUCCCAAUCUGACAUCGACGAGAUCGAAAAUCUCAUCUACGCUUCUCCGGCCACCGUUCUUCCUGCUCGUCCACCAUCUCCUCCACGCGCUUCAAUCCCCGUCACUUCUUCCACUUCUUCUCCUUUCAUCAAUUCCAAUCUUCCUAAUCCUGCACCCCCCAAAUCCUCUUCUCUCCCCUCUCUCCCAAAACCCCCUUCUUCUUCUCUCCCUCCUCUUCCUCCUCCUCCUUCUUCUACCCGACCCGAUAUCUCCACCUCCGGAUUCGGACCUGCUCCCAAUACCUUGACUGAACCUGUUUGGGAUACUGUCAAAAGAGAUCUCUCCAGGAUUGUUAGUAAUUUGAAACUUGUUGUUUUUCCUAACCCUAAUCGUGAAGAUCCUGGUAAGGCUUUGCGUGAUUGGGAUCUUUGGGGACCUUUCUUCUUCAUUGUUUUCUUAGGUCUCACUCUUUCUUGGUCCGCUUCUGUCAAAAAGUCUGAGGUUUUUGCGGUUGCAUUUGCCUUACUUGCUGCUGGUGCUGUAAUUUUGACAUUGAAUGUCCUGCUUCUGGGUGGACACAUUAUUUUCUUCCAGAGUCUGAGUCUGCUGGGUUAUUGCUUAUUCCCUCUUGAUGUUGGUGCAUUAAUUUGUAUGUUGAAGAACAAUGUUAUAGUGAAAGUGGUAGUGGUAUGUGUGACAUUGGCGUGGAGCUCUUGGGCUGCAUAUCCUUUCAUGAGUUCUGCAGUCAACCCCAGAAGAAAAGCUCUUGCUCUCUACCCUGUUUUUCUCAUGUAUGUAUCUGUUGGUUUUCUCAUCAUUGCCAUUGACUAAAUGCAUCAAUGUUUCUGAUUACUUUAUUCAGAUAACUACUUGGAAUUCCCUUCUAAAUAGGAAUUUUUGUUUAAUGAUCAACCUAUCUUAUUCUUUGUUACCCUUCUUUUGUACUCGCGCCCCAUUUUCUUUUUCUGUUUGAUAUUUUUGUUAGAUAUAUGAAGACAAAUGAUUGUAUAAUAUUACAUGGAAUAUAUGAUGAGACCAAACUUGCUGCAAA